AUGAAAUCUAUCGUCUUCUAUUUCAUCCUAAUCGUUAGCAAUUUUCAUUCAUAUGUAUUGCCCUGUAUGCAAGCUUGGGAUGGUGGCGGUACUGGUGCUUGGUAUCGUGUUGAUACAUCAUGUUUAUAUUCGUUUUCAUCAACGACACUGAUACAGUGCUUGCCAAUGAUUAUCAUACCCACUAAUGAAACAUUGAUCACUGAUGGUUUUUUCUUAAGUCUUGGCGUUUUCAAUCGUUUGAAUGGUGCUGGUCUAGAUAUUGGUCUGACGUACGUUCCUCAAACAGAUAAAUGGUGGUCUUACGCUAAUGAUGCUCUAGGUUGGAAAUCUGGGAAUGUCUCAAUCAGUUCUUCAACGAAUCGAUGCAUCAACAUAUCUUUGUCAAUAUCUAAUGACUACGUAAAAUAUCUCAUUCGAACAAGCAACGGUUCGAUCAUAUUGGGUCAAGAUUUAUAUACAGCAUCACAACUUGAUCCACAAUUGAAUUUAACUGUUAACAGUUCCAAUUUUGGUUUUUAUCGUUUUGAUAGUAUUGCUCAAACAAAAGAAACAUUGAAAAGCGGUUCAUCCAUGAUUCAUGCACAAUUGGUCGAAUGGCUUCUGGAACUUGAAUCUCACGUUUUUGUUCCAGCUAGAGGUGACUUUAUGGCUUCGAGCAUUCGAGGUUAUCCUCCAGGGCCAUGCUGUACAAGUGAUGAGAUCAACACGAUACAUACAUACAAUGAAACCAAGUGGAAUCAAGCUGAUAUUUCAAUAGUUUAUCACUGA